AUGAGGGAGGGAAAGGGAGGGAGGAUGUUGCUGCCGCUGCUGCUGCCAGCGGAAAAUGGCUGCUACAACCUCGAACCUGUCCCGUCAUACCGAAAGGACAUAAAGAUGGAGAAGGAAAAGCUAAAAAACUGAGAGUGUUGGUGCAGAGGGAAAGAGAGAAAGAGAAAGAGGGACUUGAAAGAAAGAGGGAGUGUGCGUGUUGGAGACUGCGCGUGUCUGCGUGUAUGUCUGUAAGCUGAGAGAGAAAGGAAAUAUAACGAGAGGAGACCGGGGGCAGCGAGCUCGAAGCAGCGGGCGACACCAAGCUAUGGAGCGCGAUGUGGUGCGCGUUCGCGCAGUGGUAAUGACACGUGACGACUCCAGCGGCGGGUGGGUGCCCCUGGGGGGCGGCGGCCUCAGUCACGUGGCCAUCUGUAAGGGGCGGAGUCCGGAAGGCAAGGGGCGGAGAGACUACUUCAUCCGAGGGGAGAGGCUACGGGAUCGCGCGCCAGUGCUGGAGUGCGCGGUGCAGAGGGGGCUGGUAUAUAACAAGGUCAACCCCAUCUUCCAUCACUGGCGCGUGGAGGACCGAAAAUUUGGUCUGACUUUUCAGAGCCCAUCUGAUGCCAUCUCCUUCGAGCAGGGGCUCCACAGCGCCAUUGACCAGCUGGAGAGAGGAUCAGACUCCCCACCUUCCUCCACCCCAGAAGAGGGUGACACUGAAGACGAUGGCCAAGCUUCUCACACAGGGAGUGAGUCAUCCUCCAACAGCAGGAAGGAAAUGCUGCCCAGACCCAUCACCAUAGUGACCAGCGAGUCCUCUUCCGCCUGCUUUGUGCUGCCUCCCGCCACAGAGGAUUUUGGGUACGGGACUGGCCACUCCACCACCACACAGACCCCUGCUCAGAUCCAUGUUCACCCAGUGGAGCACCAGCCCUCACAAGCUCCUGUGCUGGGACACCCGGCACCCCCGGCAGUGGCACCUGCUGCCCCGUCACCUCUCUCACCCCUCUCCCCAACCCUAUCUUUGCUGGAACAGGGUGACAUUAAGGACCUGUGGGGUGUGCGCGGGUACGAGGAUUACCGAAGGGCAGAGGCGGAACGGACCGGGGGGGGAGUGGUCAUGGGAUUGGGAGGAGGGGGCGGUUCUCAGGACAAAUCGGAGCUGUCUGUGGUCCGCUUCGAGAAGGAGCAGGCAGGACUGGGCGAGAUGACGGUGACCCUGGACACCAAGGCCUCGCAGCAGCUCUCCUCCUCCUCCUCGCCCACCUGCGUGUCCGGGCCCCACGCCGUGACCAGCGCGCCGCCGUCACCCUCGUCCUGCUGCCUCCACGCCUCCCUCUCCACCCCGCGCUCGCGGACCCGGAAGCGAGGGGGCGGCGGCCACGACUGCGGCCUGGGCCUGUCGGGCUCGCCCUCGGGGGGCGUGUGCCCGGCCGAGGACAGCCCCUGCCCCGCCCCGUCGCCCCGCUCCUCCCGCUGCGUGUACUGCCGCUCCCUCUUCAGCGCCUCGGAGAACGGGCGUGGCCGUUGCCGCGACGCCCCGGACCCGGCGCUGCGCUGCCUGCGCCAGUGGACGUGCGUGUGGUGCGCCGAGAGCCUGCUGUACCACUGCGCCUCGGACCCUGAGGGCGAGUUCUGGGAGCCCUGCUCGUGCGAAGACCAGCAGGGCAGCUGCCUGCACCCCCUGUGCUGCGCCCGCUGGACGGCCCUCCUCGCCCUCUCCCUCCUGGUGCCCUGCAUGUGCUGCUACCUGCCCCUGUGCGCCUGCCUGCGCUGUGGAGAGCGCUGCGGCUGUUGCGGGGGGAAGCACAAGGCCGUGCGGUGA